CGGAAGCGGAAAUGGUCGGUCGGCCGCGGAGGCGGUGUAGGUGAGUUGCCGCUGGCGGCAGCAGCCUCAGCGGAAAACUGAGGCCUGAGUGAAGGGGAACGCUGAAGCCCCUGGCUCCGUGUUGUUCGGCCCUUGGGAGGAUCAGGGCAGGGAGGGCUUCGCCAGGAGCGGGGAACUGGAGCGUGUGUAGAAAUUCGUUGGGCGCGAGGAACAACCCCGUCAACACUUCCUUCUCCGGUCUACCGGGAUGAGCUCCAAGACCAAGAAGCGCGUGGUGCUGCCCACCCGUCCGGCGCCCCCUACAGUGGAGCAGAUCUUGGAGGACGUGCGGGGGGCCCCUGCCGAGGACCCCGUCUUCACCGCUCUGGCUCCUGAAGAUUCCCCAGGCCCCUCUUGGAAGGCUGAAGAUGCUGAGGCCCAGCGAGAGCAGCUCUACCAGCAGAGUCGGGUCUAUGUGGCCACAAACCAGAGGCUGCGUCAGGCGGGGGCCCAGCUGAAGCAGAAGUGUGAGGGGCUGCGGCAAGCUGGCGAGGACCUGGAACUGGAUGUCAGCCAGGUGGGGCAGGUGGCUCUGCCGGGUGCUGUGGUUGCCUCCUUGGGCUGACCUGGUUCAAAGGCUCAACUGGGCAGCACCCCCCCGCCCCUCGCCCCUGGCUCUCUGGAACUUUGGUCCUUGCUUGGACACCUGGCCUGGCCCACAUCACACAGGGGCCCCUGGGUCCCAGAAGCAGAGUCUGGGCUAUCUGUUUCCAGCUUCUGCAGCUCUAGCACCCAGAGACCCCAGGGGACACAGCCGCCCAGGGUAUGUGUCUGCAGCAGGGAUGGCCUCAGCCUGAGCCUGAGCUGAGUGUGGGCCUCCCUGAGGGUGGGGUCUGAGGCGUGGAGCCCAGACUGGACUUCCUGUGGGCCCAGCCCCCGAGGGCCAGCCAUCCGUCCUCCCCUCUCUUCCUCAGGUGACCCUGCUUCACUGACCACCCAUUAGACUGAGCUGGUGGAACCCACGCCUGGUUCUGGUGUGACUUGGGGGUCCCAGAGAUUCCAGGAGGAGCUGAGGGAGGUCAGUGUCCUCCCUCACCUGUGGUGGCCGUGCUUGUGUGAGAAGCGAUGGCCUCCCAGAGUCCAGAUCUGAGAUGGGGUCUCAGGGUGGGUGUACCCCUCAGGGCCCCAGGCACCCCGAUAAAAGGCCUGGGUGCUCCCUCAUCGCAGGCACUUGACUGUGGGAUUUUGUCAGUGGGUCCAGGCCUGGGCUCCCGUGAGAGGACGUGGUCAGCCCCCCACCCUUCCCUCUCCUGUCCUUGCCCCUUAGCACGUGGGCAGGUGGGCUGUGGGGCAGGAGACGAUCUUGCCAGGCUUUCACCCUAAAAAUCAGUCCUGAGAGACGAGAGAAGCAAUAGGCCUGUGGGAGGUGGCCCUGGGGCCAGGCCUGCUGUGGGUGACCUCACUGAACCCCUCAGAAGGGACCCUGUGUGUCUGGCUGCCUGAACAGUGCCUCCGUGAGCCACUGCUUUCCAGAAUCCCCACUAGCUCGGGGCAGCACUGGUACCCACCUGAAGGGGCCCUCACGUGGGAGACCCAGCUCGUCCAGGAAGUAGAAGAAUGCCUGCUUAACCCCGAGAGGCCUUUGCACUGGAAACCUGACCUUGGGCACACAGGUGUUAAGAAAUGGGCAGGCUUGGCCCCAGGUCUGGCAGUGGAUGCCAGGCUGGCUUGCUGACAGCCUGCCCUUGGUGAGGUGCUUCAGCCCACCUUACCCUCCCACCCAGCCUCUGAUGGGGCACUGUCUACCCUCCAGAGCCCCUGGGCUCAGGCAGAGAUAGUCCACUGACCUCUUGCCUGUCCCUCUCCCAUACCUAUUCUGAGAGCUCUUCCCGUACCCCUGGAUCACACCAGGGCUCAGCCCUAAGGCGUCUCUUUCCCAUCGCGUCCUCACAGUCGUAGGGAGCCAGGCUAGCGGCACGUGGCCCUGGGGUGGAGGUGGCCAGCAUGGAAGGCCCGCAAAGCUCCCCACCACCCCCGACCCCACCCUGGCCUCACCCAUCUUGAGACAGAGGCACAGCCAGUGGCAGCGUGAUUCAACAGCUGUUUAUUAAAGGUGCACGUGAGA